GACGUCCUCCCGGUCACAGUGGUCGGUGAUCUCCAUGGACAGCUAGUAGACCUACGAAAGAUUAUAGACCGAUGUGGCGAUCCUUCACGUAAUACCUAUAUUUUCCUCGGCGACUACGUGGAUAGGGGAACACAGGCACGGUCGUAUAUCAUUUCUGAACGCGCUAUUAAGCGCUGGGCUUUAUUGGAACAUCUGGCUGGGUUGGAGCUGGCGAUUUUACUCGGACCGAGUGUUCCUGCGUGCGAGGUAAUCAUCGACUUGAACACGACUAGCACCCAUUCUCUCCGGUUUUAUGACGAAUGCAUGCAAAAAUAUGGAAAACGCGGUGAAUGGGUAAGUUAA